AUGAAAAGAAGAAGCAAAUGUGGUAAGUGUGAGUUUCUUCUGAUUUUGAAUAUUGGUGCAGCAAAAUUUCGCGAUUGGUAUAUAUUGGAUGAAGUUAUUAAACGUGGUAAACCAUCCCCGAAAGGUCAUAUUAGACAAAUUAUCUAUUCGAUUGUUCGUGGUUUGAAGUUUAUUCAUUCAGCUGGUGUUAUCCAUCAUGAUUUAAAGCCAGCAAAUAUUCGAACAGAUGAACAGUCAAAUAUUAUAAUUCUUGGUUUUGACCGAGCUUGUACUGCACCAAAAGAUAUUCAAACUGCUAAUGUUGUAACUCGGUUUGUCAACAAUCUUGUUUUUAUCUCAAAACGUACUAAAACUUCUCUUAUUAUUUGGUGGCGUGCGCCAGAAUCUCGAACUUAUAUUAGUCAAAUGAUACCGAGACCCAGACAAAAUUUUGAUCAAUUGCUUGGUUUUCAAUAUGUUUCACAAAGAAUCGAACCAAUAUCUGGUGUUUCACUACAAGGUAUUGAUUUACUUGGUCGUCUUUUAUCUUUUGAUCCUUGUCAACGUCCAACUGCAGAGAAAGCUCUAGAUAAAUUAUCAUAG